AUGAGCUCUGAGCUAAUUCACAGAAGAGAAACCCAGAAAAGCACCUCAGAUUCAUCGCGCGAUCAACCUCCAAUUUCUCCGCCGCGAAAAUCCACGAACCACCAAUUUGGCUACAUGCUUCGACAGCGAGUCCCUUUCCUCCUCAUCGGUGUCGCCAUUGCCACCCUCUUCUUCAACCUCCUUCCUUCUCGAUCUACAUCAUCCAUUGUCCCUCUUCAUGACUCGUUCCUCGAAACCGAGUUGGCUCUCCCGACUCGUCGGGUCCUCUUGGAAGAGAAGGAAGGGAUUAAGAGAAAGGCAAGAGUUUCUCUUGGGUUGAAAGGCAAGAGACAAAAGAGGAUCCUGGUUACCGGCGGAGCAGGUUUCGUCGGAAGCCACCUCGUGGACCGUCUGAUUGAAAGGGGUGACAGCGUGAUCGUCGUUGAUAACUUCUUCACUGGAAGGAAAGAGAACGUGUUACACCACAUGGGUAACCCCAACUUCGAACUCAUUCGCCACGACGUCGUUGAACCCAUCCUUCUCGAGGUUGACCAGAUCUACCAUUUGGCUUGCCCUGCUUCCCCUGUUCAUUACAAGUUCAAUCCCACCAAUGUGGUGGGCACGCUCAACAUGUUGGGAUUGGCUAAGAGAAUUGGUGCACGUUUUUUGCUGACUAGCACGAGUGAGGUUUAUGGUGAUCCACUUCAACAUCCACAGGUUGAGACAUACUGGGGCAACGUUAAUCCCAUUGGUGUGAGAAGCUGUUAUGAUGAGGGAAAGCGCACUGCAGAGACAUUGACAAUGGACUAUCACAGAGGCGCUGGUAUUGAGGUGAGAAUUGCUCGUAUCUUCAACACAUAUGGACCAAGAAUGUGCCUUGAUGAUGGGCGUGUUGUCAGUAACUUUGUUGCUCAGGCAUUGAGGAAUGAACCGUUGACUGUUUAUGGCGAUGGAAAACAGACAAGAAGCUUUCAAUAUGUUUCUGACUUGGUAGAAGGCCUAAUGAGGCUGAUGGAAGGAGAUCAUAUCGGUCCUUUCAAUCUUGGCAACCCGGGUGAAUUCACAAUGCUUGAACUUGCUAAGGUGGUACAAGAGACAAUAGACCCAAAUGCGAGGAUAGAGUUUAGACCUAACACAGAGGAUGACCCACAUAAGAGGAAGCCAGACAUCUCCAGAGCAAAGGAGCUUCUUGGGUGGCAGCCUGUUGUGUCCCUCCAUGAUGGACUUCCUCUAAUGGUCACUGAUUUCCGGCAAAGAUUAUUCGGUGACGUAAAAGGCACUGGAGGCAAAGGUCUAUCUGCAGCAUAG